GGGAGCAUGGGGCUGAAGACCCAAGCCGGCGGCAGGCGGAACCAAGCUUUCUGCACUGGCUCCUCUCGACAUCUACCUGGUGAAUAUCUGAUCCGAAAUCACAUGGUGUUUCAUUAUAACAAAAUUAAUUCAGCCAAAGCAGCUGUAGACUCUUCAAUGCCCAAAAGUAGGUUAUCCAGCAUCAAACUUGCUGACCAGCAAAAUAGAGAGAAACUGAAAAAGAAGACAGGCAGGAGUGAAGAGAAGAUGAAUGUGUGUGAAGCUGUCUCUCAGUGCUGUUCAAGAGACGGCAGAAGGCUGCCUCCAUCCUCUAAAAAGCAUUUCAUGGAAGUACAAGACGGUCUCUUCCCCUGUUCUCAGCACGCACACUUCCUAUCAAGAGCACCAUGUGCUUAUGGCAAGCAUUGCUUGGUUCACUCCUGUCCAGUAAAAUACACCAGGAAAUGUUGUCGGCAUCCAUCCAGGCCAUCCCACUCAAUCUCAAGCACCUGUGUGUCAAGGCCAACAGUUAAACACACUGGACUUUCACGCAGUCGCUCCACCGAGAGUUUUGUGACUGUUGGUUGUUCCCAGAGGUGUCAGGGAAACAACCCCAAAGCGAGCUGCAAGGAUCCUACUGAGACUUUUGUGACCGGUUGUUCCCAGAAGUGUCAAGGAAACAACCCCAAAUCGAGCUGCUGUGGAGAUCCCACUGAGAGUUUUACGACUGAUUGUUCCCAGAGGUGUCAAGGAAGCAAACCCAAAUCGAGCUGCUGUGGAGAUCCCACUGAGAGUUUUACGACCAAUUGUUCCCAGAGGUGUCAAGGAAGCAAACCCAAAGCGAGCUGCAGGGACAGUUUUGUGACCGGUUGUUCCCGGAGGUGUCGAGGAAACAACCCCAAAUCGAGCUGUGGGGAUCUUCUAGAGAGGCACUCAGAAUGCUUUACUAAGAGCCAGCAUCCUUUUACUCCUCGCACAUUAGUAUCCGAUGCUAAGUCUUUCCUGUCACGGUACAGGUAUUACACUCCUCCUCGAAGGAAUAAGAGAAACCACCACAAGCAGCGUGUGGAAGCUGAGACACAGACUGAUAUGAUCAGCUUUACAUCUCCAGACAAAGUGUACAAGAGAAAAGUUAUGGCUGAACAGCAGAAGAUGGCAUCAGAGGCUGAAGAUAAAAGAGAUACUUUGGAUGAGCCUGAGAGAGGAAUAGAUGGGUAUCAAUGCUGCAAUCUAAGAAAGACAUCAGGGUGUCCUCAGAAGUCUUCAACAAGGAGUACUGUCGAUGCUGAAGAAGAGGAGCUUUUAUAUUUAACUUUCAUUGAAGAUAUAACAAAUGAAAUUCUUAGACUUGGGUUAUUUUCUAACAGGGUUCUAGAUCAGCUGUUUGAGAGCUAUAUAGAAGCAAAUAAGAACCGCCUUGAUGAGGGCAAAAUGCGCCGGAUGUUGGACGUGCUGAAAUCAGACCUGGGCUGUGGCCAGGACAGCGAGACAGAGCUAAUCCAUGCAGACCAGGAAGCCUUAGACCCACAGGAGUUUGAUAAGACAGAAGAGCUCGAGUUUACCAGUAAAGGUCACAGGCUGAGGAAAGCUACAAAAAAUGAAGAAUCCCUUGAGACCAUGGACCUUUCUCUAAAGGAACCAAGCAAAUAUGAAUCACUGUCAUGGACUGAAAGGUCAAGGGAGACACACAGCAGGGAGGAGUCUUCAGAAGAUACCUCAGAAACUGUGGAUGCUGGGACAGAGUGUGAUUUCUGUGGUGUGGAAUUUGAAGAACACCCAGACACUCCACGCACCUGUGAGGCAGAUUUAAACUUGAUUUCUUGUGACUAUGAUUUGGGCAUCAGUAAGGAACUUGAUGAACUUGAGGAAAAAUUUGCAGACACCUUUCACAUGUCACGUAACUAUUCAUAACAGUAACCAAAACUUACCUCUUAGACAGGGAUAGAGCUCCUUCUGAGGUGAGCUGCCAUUUGUCAACCAGUAGAAAAUUGUUGUUAUUUCUCUUGAAAUACUGCUAAGAUCUCUCUAGCAGGAUACUGUUAAUUUGGCAUUAAUCUCUUGUGUAUUAAACCUUAAAGGAUAAGGUGUCAGUUAUCAGAAUAAUUUUGUAUAUUUUGCCUAUAAUUGUGUAACUCGAAACAAACUUGAGAAUAUUAAAAUUAGAUUUCUAUUUUUAGAGCUGUAAUAAUAAGUUAUGAAAUAUUUGUUGUUUUAAAUAAAUUAAUUGAUAGUGUAGUUGUGGUCCUGCUACAAAGAUCUGAGAUUUUGUAGUCUGCAAAAAUUCAAUAACAUAAAUUUAACAUCAAAUAAUAUCCUCUUCCAAAAUGGACAGUUGUACCAUGUAGUGUACUAUGUUACCACUUGCAGAAGCCCACGAGAAGAAAAUCUGACUUCUGACAGAUCUAUAUAGAUUAAUGACUGUAGUUUUUUUAUUUUCAGUUCUUAACUGAAUGAGGCUGCUAAGGUCAGUUUCUUGCACUGAUGACAGCCAUGGCAUAGCAUUCUGCAUCAAGCUUUGGUUUUGGAAAAGCAUUGAGUUGCUUACUGUUUGAUGACUAGGGCUGUCUAGAAGAAGACACAUCAGGCACCUUGCACAGAUAAUGGAAAAGAGAUGGUGUAUUUUCUGGUUAAAGUUUAAAUUGAAGUCAGCACAUGCAUUGCAUGAAAUCAACCCAAAUGUGAUUGUAUAAUCAGAGUACAGCUCUUGCUUGGCAUUCCCAUUGCUGCAGAAUGAGUUCAACAGGUUCUGAGGAAAUGCUGGCAAGUUACAUUGUCUUGCUGUAGGUUAGGAACUAGGAGAAGUCUUAGGAACCAGGAUAAAGCCUGUCCCCUAAUAUCUCCUAGGUCAGUCUUUUAACCUUCUUCCUCCAAGGACAGGCCCAAGUUGUACCAGUUCUUACAUAACAACUGCCACCACCUGCCUCCCCUGUACCUUAUGAGCAUCGACCUAAGUCUGUGACUCUGUCAGCCAGAUGACCCAUUGCAGCUUCAGGUAGCUCCUAUAGACACAGACCACUGCUUCACUUGUGAAGGAUAAACUUUUAGACAAAAAUGUCAAAAAACAGCUAGAGGAAGCCAGUCAGAGAAAAGCAUGUCUAGCAUAAUCACAGCACUGCAGUGCAGAACACAAUUCCCAAAGAAACCAGAAGGCACUUUCCUGGGUGCCUUGUCCACAAUAAUAAAUUGCACUUAAACGACAGGAGACCAGAGUUUAUUUUAGCCAUGUACUUGUGGCUGGGCAGAUGGGCACCAGCCUUUCAUCUGCCACACUCAGUUGGCUGCCUUGUAAAUGUGGCCUCCAGCAUGAGUGUUCUGGCUCACUGAAAAGCAGGUGAGAUAAUGUGAGGACUUCUUCAUCCCCCCAUCAGAGUCUGUUUUGUUGAAAAAAUGUGGCCACAGGGUUGAGUCAGUAUAGUGCAGGGAGGGUUUGUCCUCAGUCACAAGUAAUCACAGACCUUCUCCCAUCCUCAAGGAGAGUUAUUUCUCUUUAUAUCCCCCAGAGAGCUGAAUAGAAGGGAUGCCCUAGGACACUGUUGUUUCAGCUUUACAAAGAAUUCUGACACAGAGGGACUGGUUGGAAAACUAAAGAGUGUGGUUAGAUGUAUCCAACUAUAAAGCCUCUUUGCUCCUCAGACAGGACUUCACUCUUGGGGUCCUCCAUUCCAAGUUCUCCAUUCUUGAUCAGUAAUGGGAAUUUUGGGGGUUUUUUCCCUAUCUGUCUUAACACCUGUGACUUGUACAUCAUAAAAAAUGUCACUCAGCAAACUUUGGCUUGUUGUCAACAUGAGUCUGAAAGAAGAUUAAUAAGAAUUUCACCUUCAAAUUCUACAGAUGAAAAAAUACUGUAAGAAAACACCACAGUAGUGAACCUCACAGAAAGGCACAAGUAAUGACAUACUCAUUUCCUGUAAUACAUGUAACACAGAAAUAAUAAAAACAGCUCCUUG